AUGGCUUCUGCUCGCUCACCUCUCUUUAACGGCGAUAGUUGCGGCGGCGACGCCGUGGCCGUUGGAUUCGACGAUCGUGACCUCGACCACUUCGCUGGCGUAGGCAACAAGCUCGUGGACACCGCCGGUGACGUCAUCCGGCAGUACUUCCGGAAGAGGUUCGACAAUCUCGAUAAGGAGGACUCGAGUCCUGUGACGGUUGUUGAUCGAGCGGCGGAGGAGUCCAUGGUGAAAAUUAUUGAAGAGCAUUUUCCUUCGCAUGCAAUUUACGGAGAGGAGAAUGGAUGGAGAUGCAAAGAAGAUUUGCUGACUUUGUUUGGGUGUUGGACCCAAUAUUACAAAGCUUAUCUUAACGUCAAAGUACCACUGUACAGCUGUGAUUGUUAUGCCUAUGCACUCUUGGCCUCAGGUUUUGUAGACCUUGUGAUUGCGUCGGGCCUCAAAAAGCCAUACGAUAUGCUUGCCCUGAUACCUGGGAUUGAAGGUGCGGGUAGUGUUAUUACUGAUUCGAAAAGGAAUCAACUUUAUUGGGAGGCUUCUUCUACAUCACGUACUACAAGUUUAGUUGUCCGUCAAGAAGCUAUAAUGUGGCAGUGA